GGCGGGUUAGCACAAAUCAGCCACAGCCUUUGCCCCGCCUCGUGGCGCAUGCAUGGACCCCACUAACAAUGGUCCGUGGUUCGCCGUCACUGCAGCCUGACGGUUCCGCCCAAGCAAACUCACAACCACAUUGCUGCCUAUAACCCUUUGCGCCGUCGCGUCCUCCAACCUACACGCACAUUCGCAUACUAAGCUCGCGUGCCCUCCUCCCAGCUCUUCAUACCGCCGGCGCAGCUUCACGAAGCUUGCCACAGCUACAUCCGCUACACCGAGUCGACCGUUGAAGCGCGAAUAAGAGAAGAGUAGACAAGAUGCAAAUCAAAGUACGAACCCUCACCGGCAAGGAGAUCGAGCUCGACAUCGAGGCAGACUACAAGGUCUCAAGGAUAAAGGAGCGCGUCGAGGAGAAGGAGGGCAUCCCGCCAGCGCAACAACGUCUCAUCUACGGAGGAAAGCAGAUGAACGACGAGAAGACCGCACAGGACUACCAACUCGAGGGCGGUGCCACACUGCAUUUGGUACUUGCUCUUCGUGGUGGAUUUUAGCUUUUCUUCCUUUCCCGAACCUACUCCACUUUCGCUCGCACCGACCGAUCCGUACCCCAUGGCAUACCCCAGGAUAGGCGUGUGCUAACUUUACUGUCGCACGUCUUCAAUGAUCAGCUCACUGUAGCGCGCGUGGCACCAGGGGG